UAACAUUGUUAUUUGUUCCUUUUGUUUUUGAAAUAAUGUCAUCAAAACAUUCUUUAAUUGAGCUUGAUUCUGAUUCAGCAAAUAUUACUACAAAAAAAAAUCCUGGCAAAAAUAAGUGGUUUGGAUCUCCUCAAGAUGCUAAUUUAUUUCAAGAAGAUAAUGAUCUGGAUGAGGAUUCAGAAGAAAAUUUUACAGAAUCUUUUAGUGAACUUGAUGGUGAAGAUCAAUUACACCUAGAAGAUAUUUUGAAUCUUGAUGUACCAGAAAUUACUAAUGACCUUGAUGAAAUAAUUAUGGAUUCUGGUGUAGAUAUUGCAGAUGAAGAAGAAUUUAUACAAGAAAAUUUUGAUGAAAAUGAAGAAAGCAUGUGGGAUCCUCAAACUGCAGCUGAUAUUUUUUCCAUUGAAAAUGAUUAA